AUGGCUAAAUCUCAGGACAGGUGCCUUUACACUAUCAAAGUGAAGACAAGCUGGGACGAUGGUUCAGGAACGAACUCCGUCGUGAAAUUGCAGAUAUUCGACAGCACCGGCAAGAACUUUGUUAUCGGAAACCUGGAACAGUGGGGCAUCAUGGAACCCCACCACGAAUACUUCGAGCGGGACAACCUCGACUUCUUCAGCGGCGGCAACAUUUGUCUCAAUCCUUGCUCCAUCUUCCUCUCCAUCGACGGCCAAGGGAACAGGCCAGAGUGGCACGUGGAAUACGUGGAAAUCACCGUCACAGGGCCCACACUAAAUACCAGGAUAGGUUUCCCGGUGAACAAUUGGCUAGGGGCAGGGUUCCCCACCACAGUGAAUUUAUGUCUGCCGUUGGCAAAGGAACAGGCCAGAUCAGUGGCGCGCAAAAUUCGUGCAUAA